GCCCGGAGGUGGAGCCGCCCUCUGCGGAGCCAACCUGCCGCUCCUUCACUCUGGGUACCCGGGAGGCCGUCGUAGCGCAUGGAGGGCUGGGCUAGGAGCUCGCUAUGGGGGGCAAGGCGGCUGUGGGCUCCCCACGCCCACAUGACGCGAAGUCGGGUGGUCUAUGGGCGCCUCCUGAAUCUCCGGCCGUUAUCGGGGAAUCACAAAAGUCAACUUCAUCGGAUAUUUCAAGAAUCGUUUUGUAUUAAAGUACAGUCAAAUUAUGGUGAACUUGUAAAUUUGACUAAAGUGAGAAACAAAAUAACAUUUACAGAUCAGCCAUACAGCACUUGGCAAACAGUAGAUCCAGAAGAACUUAGAAGAUUCCAACGGCUGGCACACAAAUGGUGGGAUGAGGAUGGAGACUAUGCAGCCCUACAUUCUAUGAAUGAUAUCAGAGUGCCUUUUAUUAGAGAUACUAUAUUGAAUCUGAGAAAUGACCAUCAGCCAGGAAGCCCACUCUUUAACAUGAAGAUCCUAGAUGUUGGCUGUGGUGGUGGACUACUAACUGAGCCCCUAGCUAGACUGGGAGCUUCAGUUACUGGAAUUGAUCCUUUGGAAGACAGCAUCCGGACAGCGGAACUGCAUAAAUCAUUUGAUCCAGCCCUUACCAAAAGGAUUCAGUACAGAGCCUGUGCACUAGAAGAUAUUGUGGAGGAGGGAUCAGAACAAUUUGACAUAGUUGUUGCUUCUGAAGUGGUAGAACAUGUGGCUGACGUUGAAAAGUUCAUCAAAUGCUUUGGUGAAGUAUUAAAACCUGAAGGUUCCCUCUUUAUCACUACACUGAACAAAACUCAGCUCUCCUAUAUUUUUGGCAUUGUCAUUGCUGAGAAAUUACUGGGUAUUGUUCCAGUAGGCACUCAUGACUGGGACAAAUUCAUAUCACCUGAAGAGUUAGAGCGUCUUCUGGAAUCAAAUGGUUUUUCAGUUAAGGUGGUCAAAGGCAUGUUAUACAACCCCAUUUUUGGAUCCUGGAGCUGGACUGGAAACACUAGCAUUAACUAUGCACUCCAUGCAAUUAAAUCAAGCAUACAAGAACAACAGGAUCUAAAGGAAGCCUCCACAGAGCAUCAACAAACAGAAGCUAACAUCAGAACUGCUAGCUAAGACAAAGUGUAUAGUUGCUGCGGAAGCACGGAAGAAGAUGUGAUAAAUAGCUGUAAUAAAUAAGAAAGGGGCAAGCAAUCUUGUUUUUAAAAUGUUAGCUAAAAUAUUUGCUGCCAUCUCAGCAUACAUGCUAGAGGAAUUAUUGUUCAUAGUAUCAGAUAUUUGUGGGUAAACAUUCUUUGCAAGUGGCUGGAAGUCUGAAAUAAUUGUCAGAAUGAUUGUUUUUAAGACUUUAGAAUUAUUGGUUUUUAUUGCCAUUUAUAAAAUCAUUACAUUCAA